CGCCGGUGCUGCCCGCUCGCCCCGCGCCCCGCACGCACCUGGCCGGGGUGAUGUGCCUGGGCUCGGAGCACGGCGAGACCCUGGCGGGCGGCGGCGGCAUGGAGGCUCUGCGGGAGCUGCACGGCCGCGGGCUCGUCCGCCUCAACCGGCUCUUCGAGGAGCCCGAGGGGGCCGGCGAGUACGAGGAGCCGCUGCUGAGCGUGGCGUGCGCCGGGGCCACGCUGGCCGAGGCCUGCGAGCGCCUGCUGGGGCUGUGCCAGGGGCUGGGCAUCGACUCCCCGCGAUAUCCCGUGGAGCAUUUCUUGUCCCACUUCAAAUAGCGCCGGGCAGGCAGCGGGGAGAGCGGGGGAAUGGGUGCCCCGGCACGUCCCGG